AAGAACCACCGCUGCGCUCCACCGCCUCGCUCUCCCUCCCACCACACCCCCUCUGGUGAGCCCUCCCGCCAUGGCCACCGACAUCCCCACGCUGUCCACGCUGCUCGAGGCCAGCUUGGAUCCCCGUCAAAACAAGCAAGCCGAGGCUGCCAUCUCCCAGGAACAGACCAAGCCGGGCUUCUCCCUCCGCCUCCUCCAGAUCGUGGCCGGUGACUCGUUCCCGUCUACCAUCCGGCUCGCCAGCGCCCUGUACUUCAAGAACCACAUCAAGCGCCAUUGGGUCGACGAGAAUGGCGCCCACCAGCUGCCAGCAGACGAGGUCACCGCCAUCAAGCGCGAGCUGAUCGGCCUGAUGGUCAGCGUGCCGCCAAACCUGCAGGCCCAGCUUGGCGAGGCCAUCAGCGUGAUUGCAGACAGCGAUUUCUACGAGCGGUGGGACACGUUGGUCGCAGACCUGGUUUCGCGACUGACCAAGGACAACACCACGGUAAACAUUGGUGUCUUGCGCGUAGCACACUCCAUCUUCAAGCGAUGGCGACCGCUCUUCCGCUCCGACGCCCUCUUCACCGAGAUCAACCACGUCCUCACUCAGUUCUGCGAGCCGUUCCUCAAUCAGCUCCAAUGCGUCGACUCCAUCAUCGCGAAUUCGCAAGAUAACCCCGAGGCCCUCAAGGGCGCCUUCACCGAGCUCGAUCUAAUCGUCAAGCUCUUCUACGACCUCUCGUGUCAGGAUUUGCCUCCUGUCUUCGAAGACAACAUUGCCGCAAUCGCCGGGCUCUUGCACAAAUAUCUCAUCUACGACAAUGCCGCGCUCCAUACGGACAGCGACGACGAGUCCGGUGUCCUGGAGUUCACACGCGCGGGCAUAUUCGAGGUCUUGAUGCUCUACGUGCAAAAGUAUGAGGAUGUCUUUGGCGCACAGCUACCUCAGUUUGUCCAGUCGACAUGGCAGUUCCUCAGCACUGUAAACCUGGAGACUAGAUACGACAUCUUGGUCAGCAAAGCACUGCAGUUCCUCACGAGUGUUGCUUCCACUCAACAUGCCGAGUCCUUCAACAACCAGGAAGUGCUGGUCCAGAUCAUGGAACACAUCAUCUUGCCCAACCUCACCUUGCGCGAAUCCGAUGUGGAGCUUUUCGAAGACGAGCCGAUUGAGUUUAUCCGCCGAGAUCUUGAGGGCUCAGACAACGACACGAGGCGGAGGGCAGCCACCAAUUUCCUGCGCACCCUGAUGCAGCGCUACCAGGACCUCGUGACGAGCACGGCACAGAGUUACAUUGAUCGCUACCUCCAAGAGUAUACAAAGGACCCCCAGGAAAACUGGAAGCACAAGGAUACCGCUGUUUACCUGUUCUCGGCUAUCGCUGCUCUGGGAACCGUCACGGCCGGGAAGGGUGUCGUGAGCGUGAACCCCCAUGUCGACGUUUUGAACUUCUUCCAGACCCACAUUGCAUCUGACCUGGAGGGAGAAAGCGUCAGUCUCAUCCUCAAGGUGGACUCUGUGAAAUUCCUGUACAACUUCCGCAACCAGCUUUCGCCCGAUCUAUGGCGCGCCGCCUUCCCUCUGCUCGUGAAUCACCUGGGCAACUCCAAUUACGUGGUGCACACCUAUGCCGCAAUUGCUGUGGAGCGUGCUCUGUACCUCACAGAUGAGAACACCAAAGCCUCGGUCAUCCCAAGAGACCAGGUAGUUGGCUCAUCAAGGGACCUGCUCACUCAUCUCUUCAAGCUCGUUACCAAGGAUACGGCCCCCGAAAAAAUUCAAGAGAACGAGUUCCUCAUGAAAUGCGUGAUGCGCGUCCUGAUCUUCAUCCGCGAUGGCGUGCUGCCUAUAGAUGAUUUGGUGCUUGGCUACUUCAUCAACAUUCUCAAGAUUAUACGCCACAACCCAAGCAACCCCCGGUUCCAGUACUUUUUGUUCGAAGGUCUCGGUGCUUUGAUCCGGUUUGCGGCCCCAGCACAUAACGAGCUGUUCGAGACGAAGCUCGCCGAGCCUUUCCAGCUCAUCUUGGCAGACAAUGUCGAGGAGUUCGCACCAUACGUCUUCCAACUCCUUGCCGCACUGCUGGAAACAAAUCCUUCUGGUGCCCUCACUGCGUACUACCAAAGUCUUGCACAAGUCAUCAUUCAGCCCAGCGUUUGGGAGACAAGGAGCAAUGUUCCAGCUCUAGUCCGCUUACUCACUGCAAUUAUCUUGCGAGACGCGCAGACCAUCGUGGCAAACAAUCAGCUUGAACCGAUACUCGGCAUUUUCCAGAAGCUGGUCACAUCCAAGGCCAAUGAGACCUACGCCUUCGAGCUCAUCGAGACAAUCGUUGCAACUAUUCCAGUCUCGGCGCUCCAACAAUACUACCCUACGAUCAUCCAGCUCAUGAUCACCCGGCUGUCUAGUAUGCGGACGGAGAACUUUGCGCAGCGCUUCAUUGCAUUCUACCAUUUCAUCUCCUCCCGGGAAGGGAUGGGCGCGGACUUCUUCAUCGCCAUCACUGAUCAAGUCCAGCAUGAUGUUUUCAAGGGCAUUUACCUCACCAUUGUUCUCCCGGAUACCCAAAAGCUGACUCGCCCGAUCGACCGGAAAACGGCUGUGGUCUCCUUCACCAAGACCCUCACUGAUUCACAGGCCUUCGUCGACCGAUAUCCCAAGGGCUGGAAUUUGACCACGCAGCGACUCAUCGAGCUACUAGUCAAUCCGCCCAAGGUCAGCAAGGGUGAUGAUCUCAUUGCAGACGCAGAUGUCGAUGAGGUCAGCUUUGGUGUCGGCUUCACUCCACUCAACACCUGCAAGAAGCCGCUUCGGGAUCCCUUCCCCGAGAUCACGGACGUCAAGGCUUGGGUUGGACAGUUCUUGAAGGACGCGAACUCAAGACACGGCGGUAAGAUCGUUACCUUCGUACAGGAGCGGUUGGAUCCUGUGACGAGGCAGGCGUUGCAGGAAUACAUUCAGUAGGUGGAGUGAUGUGGCAGUUUGUGACGGACUUGAGAGAGCGUGUAGGAUGAUAUGAUACCAGCUUCGCGGCGAUGGACAUGGAGGGAGCGGGUAGGUACGUAGGUCGACCGACAUCUUGUGUAUACCUCGCCCAGCCCUGAAAAUAUAAUAGACUUCUUCCCCAAACGUGUUCAAGUCGUCAAGGGCGUCGUGACUAUUUCUCACAAU